UGGCCUUUACUCUUUCCUUUUAAUGGCGGGUCAACGAGUAAUCAUCCUAAAGCCUUUCAAAUGACUCGCCUUACCAACUUGAUGACAUUGGGGGUGAACAGACGGUCAUUUUGUAUGGAUCGACUCUUAUCAGCGACAGGAACGGAAAGGCAGGUGCAGUGGCACCCAUCACCGUCCCUUGGGCGCAGGAGCCCGCCGGUUCCGGCUCCGCUCUUUCCGCCGACCUCCUUCCAACUUUCUGCUGCCCUCAACACGCCGGGUUUUGUCGCACUCAUCCGACGCAAGCGAGCCCGAAAUGGAGGAUGACACGCAAUGGAGCGGUAUCGAAAACGGCAUCAAUGAUCCCGAGGAGCUGCAGGUCAUUUACCGCACUCUAGAUUCUUAUCAGCAGUAUGCUAAAGUAGCCCACUUUCAAUGUACGCAUCUGCGCAGGCAGGCCUUCUACGCACUGCCCCAGGCCCACUGGCAGCGGCUUGCCGCCCCGCCGUUCAACUAUCUCGACACUCUGGACAAGAUAGACGAUGCCAUCGAGUCUAAUGCUGAACUCGCACGCAUCAUCUUCAAGAAGGGUCUGGAGAUGUUCCACGUCGGCGUUCCCUCCGAGACGGGUGACCUGAAGCUGCCGCCGCAGUGGAACGGUUCAGCCAAGCCAAACGACAUCGACAAGGCCCGGAGCACAAUCCGGCAGUUCUACCGUGACUGGUCUGCCGAGGGCGCUGCCGAGCGAGCGGCCAGCUUUGGCCCCGUUAUGCGCGCCAUCGAUGCCGAGCAAGCAGCCAGGGGGCCGGAUCAACCGCCGCUCAAGGUGCUCGUUCCCGGGGCCGGCCUCGGCCGGCUCGUGUUCGAGUUGUGUCUCAGGGGAUGCGAGACCGAGGGCAAUGAGAUCUCCUACCACCAGCUGCUGGCGUCGUCAUACAUCCUCAACUGCUGCGAGCGUCCCGGCAAGCACACAAUCUUCCCCUGGAUCCACACGUUUUCGAAUCAUCAAUCCAGGGCCAACCAUCUGCGCAGCUAUUCAAUCCCGGAUGUGCACUGCGCGACGGAGCUCACAGAGGCAGAGAAGGUACGGCGCGUUGGCUCCAUGAGCAUGAGCGCCGCCGACUUCUUGUGUCUGUACGCGGAGAAAGACAGAGCGGCGAUGUAUGACGUGGUGGCCAGCGUCUUCUUUCUUGACACGGCGCCCAAUCUCAUACGGUACCUGGAGACCAUAUUCCACUGCCUGAAGCCGGGCGGCAUCCUCGUCAAUAUCGGCCCUCUGCUGUGGCAUUUCGAGGGUCGGGUGUGGGAUCGGGACGAGCACGACGACGCCGAAGGCGACCACGAUACGUCCGGGAUAGCGGACCCUGGCAACUUCGAGCUGACGGACGAGGAGGUGAUGUGGUUAUUGGCUGAUGUUGGGUUCGAGAUUGUCUCAAGGGAGACGGGCAUUGAGGCGCCCUACAUUCUUGAUAGAGAGUCCAUGUUGCAGACGACAUACAGGGCAAGCAGCUGGGUAGCUCGCAAACCGGCGACAGCAGCUGCGGUUCAAGGAUAAUGAGGCUGGCUGUAUUUAAUCCCGCGAAGCGAGGGUUUGAAGGCUUGCGCACUCAGAUAAUAAUGACAACACAACACCAGAGCCCUCUCGAUUUAUCGUCGCCCCCCUU